AUGACAGACGGCUUAUCGGAACUCGAAUUCGUCCCUGUGAAUGGGAAAUACGAUAUGGCAAAGCUCAAGUCACACUUUAUGAAAGGUGGUGUAUUAACAAUCAGUUCAUUGACCGCCUUACUUGAUAAAACUACACGAAUACUCGAUAUAGAACACAACUUAAUUGACAUAUCGGGUGACACUGUAGUUUGGGGUGAUUUUCAUGGGCAAUACUUUGAUCUUUUGAAUCAACUUGACAAGUGCUUUUUAAUGGAGAGAGACCACACCUAUGUAUUUUUAGGAGAUUACGUUGAUCGAGGGGAAUAUUCCUGCGAAGUUCUCAUCACGUUAAUUGCGAUGAAAUGCAACAACCCGAACAAAGUGAUAUUACUUCGAGGGAACCAUGAGAGUCGGACGAUGACACAGAACUAUGGAUUUAAGACGGAGUGUAUAUGGAAGUAUUCGUUAGACAUAUAUAACAAGUGUAUUACUCUCUUUGACAGUCUCCCAUUAGCUUGCAAAUACACGACAUCUCUUGGUAACUUCUUUUUAUGUCAUGGUGGCAUCUCUCCAAAUUUAGUAGUUCUCGACGACUUGAAUCUAAUUGACCGUCACGUCGAGCCCACAUCAAAUGCUUUAUUAUUAGACUUAUUAUGGGCAGAUCCUAUAACACAAGAUGAAUUAGACUCAAAACAGAUUGAUUGGAAUACAGUGGACUUUAUAGAGAACACUGGCCGUCACUGUUCAGUGUUUUAUGGGUUCAAGGCGGUUGAUAAGUUCUUCAAGAAAAAUGGCUUUAUAGGGAUGCUCCGAGGCCACCAGUGUUUUCAUAAUGGCUUUGAGUCGCAUGACUUUGGCAAUGAAGAAAUUGAAACGCCGCUUUGUUUCACCAUCUUUUCCGCCCCAAUGUACAGCAAAAGUAACAGAGGCGCUUCCGUUGAGAUCUCGGAGGGUGGGAUGAACGUCGCAAAAUAUGCGUUUGCCAAAGACAUAAAAAAAAAGUACAAUCCAGUCUUAGUUAAUGGCAUCACCUGUGGGACUUUGGAACUUUUCAAAGACCUCAAAGCCUUCGUUACAAAGUUUUUAGAGUACGCGUUCACCGCACUCGAUGCCGAAGAUCUUGAAAUGGAAGACAUCCAAGUCGACUUAGAUGACAUUCAAGUCGAAAUCGAUGUCGAUGAGGCUGAACCAGAACCACUUGAGCCACCAAAAACAGAUGAAGAAGAACCACCCGCAACGCCAAAAAUGGCUAUGAAGAAGAUGGGGAUGAAAACAGCUAUGGCAAAAGGUAAAAAAAUGAUGUCCGCAAGUAUUGCAUCAGCUCACGCGGCGUCUGCUGGAGGUUAG